ACUUGUUGGUGAAGGAGCGUCCCCCGGCCCGUGUCCCAGGGAAACGGGGCAGCCGCCGGCGUUUGCAACUGAAGCCUGAUUCCGGUUGUGAGGGGAGCAAAUAGAAGAUUCUGUGAAGGUCGGAAGUGAGAAAACAGCUUGUUGUAAAGCUGCAGUACAUGCCAAUCGCGGUCAUGUGUCUCCAGCAGUGAAAUAUGAGCCUGCAGAUGUGAGCAGGAAGUGCAGCUGAGGCGAUUCUAUUUUGCUGAGCGACUGCAGGAAAAGGACGGAAUGGCUUCGAAUGAGAUGCGAAAAGAGCUAGAAGAUUUUCUGAAAGGGCUGAAUAUCGAGACAGUAUGUGAGGAGCACCCCGAGGUCUUUACAGUUGAAGCUAUGAUGCCUUAUGUGCAACAUCUUGAGGGGGCGCACAGUAAGAACUUGUUCCUUAAAGACAAGAAGAAGAAAAGCUUGUGGUUGGUGACUGUCUUACACAAUAGACAAGUCAACUUGAAUGACUUAGCAAAGAAGCUGGGUGUUGGAAGUGGAAAUCUACGCUUUGCAGAUGAAGGGACAAUGCUAGAAAAACUAAAAGUUGGUCAAGGUUGUGCGACACCAUUUGCUCUUUUCUGUGAUAAACAAGGGGAUAUAAAAUUUGUAUUGGAUUCAGACUUUGUAAAUGGAGAAUAUGAAAGAAUCUAUUUUCACCCAAUGACUAAUUCAGCUACAAUGGGUAUAAAGCCUGCAGACUUCCUACAUUUUGUAAAAGAAACAGGUCAUGAACCUACAAUACUAAAUUUUGAUUAAAAAAUAAAAUAAAAUCAUGUAAUCCUCAUUUUAAUGCACUGUGUAACCAAGUUAAUUUGUAAGUGUACAGGCAGUCCCCAGGUUACGUAUGAGUUCCAUUCCUGAGUCCAUCUUUAAGUCAGAUUUGUACGUAAGUCAGAACAAGUACAUUUGGUAUUAUUUAUCGUCAGUUAGUCAAACGUUUGUCUUAGUAUAUAGUAUAUAUUUUACCUUUCUAUGCAUAUAAAACACUUAAGAAACAUAUGUAUUCCAAUAAUUAAACCACUACAUUGCU